AAAUAAGUGUGUCUGAUACUAUACAGAAGGGGCAAGUCUAUACAAUCAUGUUAUCGAGAAACACGACCAAAUCACCACACAUAAUAAAACUAUAUCGGCUGACCUACAUAUCGUGUUUGAUGUGCUAGUCUUUUUUCUUGGCUCAGAUAGACAUUUUUAAAUGCUUUAAGCACACAUGCCAAAUUAAUUGACAGUCACUGUGCAGUGUGAUUAAAGACUCAAACCGCAAUGUCUAAAGGCAUCAUUGGUAUGAUUCAAACCAAACUAAGUUUGAUUCAAAUACAAAAGUCUGAAGUCAUCGCAGUGCUGGAAAGCUAUGUUGACAAGCAAACAAAGGCGGCGGCUGCAGCUGUUAAAAAAGAUGGACAAAACGUGGACAAACUUAAAAAGAUCAACUCAAACCUGGAAUGUGCAUUACAUUUACUGUUUAGUACAUACGGACAUUUUGAUAACUGCACUGAAGAAUCAACACAAGCUCGCGCUGCGUCUGCUAUUGAACGUAUCACUAUGUCCUCAAAGACGAAAAGUCAGGCAGAUACGCCAAGCCCAAUUGCCAUUGUUUUCAAUCGUCGCUUGGAGCAGCUAGAAGUUCAUGUUAGUGCUCAGGAUGAACAAAAUCAAAACCUGAGAUCUGCCAAUGAAGACCAGCAGCAGAAGUUUCUCGCCUGUGAUUUGCAGCUGAAAACAUUGAAAGAGAGUCUGGAAGAUCUAGAGCGGAGACACGCUUCAGAGAUAUCUGCCUUGAAGCUUCAGAAAAACGAUUUGGAAGACAACCUGGCCACCACGAUGUCAAGUCUGAAGAUUUUAGAAAAUGCGACUAACACGAACAACGAAAAAUAUUUGGAGAGUUUCGUUAUGAAGAAGCAUUUUUGCGAAACUUUAGAAUGGAGAGGCGAGACGGCGAAACUGGUGGAGCUGCUGGUCAGUACAACAGAAGCGAUGGAGUAUGAUUUGAAAAAUGUCAUGGAGUGGCAUAAAGAGCUGGACAAAGAAGUCAAGGAUACAUGUGCAAAGGUAAAGGACGUUGAUAAUCGGGUUCAAUGUUGCACAGACACUUUAUGUAGAGAGGAGAUGACCUUGAUGAAACUUGGGGACAUAGUUGACAGACUCAAACACAGAAAGCGCAGUGAGAUAUAUCCUCUUCGUGAGGCCUACGAAAGACUUAACACCUCUAUGAAUUUAACAUGUACGCUUAUCGCCACAAAGCUGUUGCCCCUUGAUAAACUGUUAUCUAGCCUGCAAGAACUGAGGGAGGAUUUAUUGGCACGCAAAGUAUUUCAGUAUAAUGCAAAUCAGCGGCUGGACACCUGUGACAAGGACUUAGCCUCUGUUCAGUCCAGGCUAGAUCAGCAUGACCUAAGUAUCAGAGAUUCAACAAGGACUGCUCUAGUGAACGAUCAAUUCUCUCGCCAAUCAGUGAGAGAAUGCAAGCAAUCUUUGGCUCAACUUGAAACUCAGCUCGCCAAGCUAGGGAAAGACAAUUCAGAGAAAUGCAAACAGAUAUCACAGGUAAAUCAACGUCUGGACACUUGUGAACAGAGCAUGACAAAUUUCAAAGCCACUCUAGAACUCCAUGCCAGAAGUUUGCCGACUGUGAGUAGACUGUCCCAACAGAACGGUGAACUAAAAAGACAAGUGGAGACAACCUCUGUGCAGUUACGAGAAGAUCUGAGAAAUGUCCAAGAAAAACUCUUAACCGAAAACGUGGAGAAACUGAAAGUGUUGGUUAGUGAACACUGUGAGAGAAGAAUUGCUGAUACGUGGAAUAUUUAUAAAGUUCAACAUUCUUCGGUUGGAUUUUCUGCCAAUCUUGACGGCUACAGAUACUUCACGGAAGGAGAGACGGUGAAGCCGUACAGAUCGUCUUGGAAAGAAAGUGAUUCUUUUUCCAACGUCACGGGAGAGUUCGUGGCCCCUCGAGAUGGUGUCUACAUAAGCGUUCUCACCCUGAAGCAAAGUGGAGACGGGCAAAUCAGGGCACACGUCUGCCGGCUACCUAAGGGAGAAAGUGGUUUGAAAUUGGUGUGCAAAGCCUCAACUGGAGGCAUUGAUGAAAGUUGUACAGGUGUUGGAUACUUCCGUUUGAGGGUCGGGGAUAAGAUGAUCAUGAGAAUAAUUAGCAUGGAUAACACUGCCAAACUGACACCGUAUACAUCCUUCACUUGCUGUUAUCUUUCCGCAUGAUGCUAAGUCUUAUCUAUCAUGCAUUAAUGUAUUAUAUAGGGAUUUGGUUACGCGAACUGUCAUAGCACCCCUACGACGAAGGGAAAGAUGAAAUGAAAGAUGAUAUAUUAUAUAUUACUAGUCGACCCACGGCGUAGCAUACGCCGUUAUUUUGCAGGGCCGGCCUUAGGCCAAUUUAAUCUAUGCGACUGCAGUGGGCCCCGCACUUUCAAAGGACCCGCGCUAAUUCUAGGUGUAAAUUAUUAACUUAAACCAUUUUUAAACUUAUAACAGAAUUCCCGCAGCCGUCUGAUUUACCAGGAGCUCUUGGAAAUCUUCUGAAAUUGCAAAAUAUACGAAAAAGUCAUGGAAAUCUCCGGAAAUUAUUUAAAAUCUUUUGAAAACUCAUACAAAUCUCAUGAAAUAUAUAUACAAAAAUUGUCGUUUUGGGGUGUCAUUCAAUAUGGAAAACGCCAAUCCUACGCGCGAUAAAUAAAAACGGCAUUAUGCAUUACCCGUAAUUGUGUAAUCUGGUGAAAGAAGCUUCUCGCACCUCAAACUAAUGAAGAAUUACUUGAGGUCAACAAUUCUCGUAGAUUGAAACAUUUAGUAAUUCUUGCUAUUGAGCGUGAUCUAUGUAGGAAACACAAUUAUUUUGAUAUACUUUAUGACUUUGCUACACGCAAGGCUCGUAAAGUAAUUCUGUACGUAGUAAAGAAUGAAUAAAAAGCUUAGACGAUUUUUUUUUUCUAAUACAAAUUCUUAAAUUUCACAUAUUAUCCCACUCUCUACCCAAACUUGGCCCCGCGAAAUCCGUUUUGCAUAGGGCCCCACAACGGUUGAGUCCGGCCCUGCUAUUUAGUAACGGGUGAAUACAGAGUAGAUUACUUGUUCUCUCCCCCCCCCCCCUCUUUUUUUCUCCGCUAAAACUACGUGGGUAGAUAUAAAAAGAGUGAUCUUUCCAUGACUUCUUGGUCACAACGGUUAAAUCCGGCCCUGUUCUCCCCCCUCUUUUAUUUCGUAGAGUAACUCUAGUCCGACUUGCAGAAAUAAAAGAGUGAUCUUUCCUUUACUUCUUCUUCUCAUCCAAACUCUUGAGCGAAGAAGAGAAUUAUAUAUAUAUAGAUAGAUAUAUCAUUUAUAUGUCUGCCAGAGAUGUAGAAAAAUGUGCAGGUCGGAUCUGGAUUAGCGUAGUCAUGUGAAACACUGCACUCAUCCUUACACUUCGGAAUGGAAGACAUUGCUAUUAUUAUUAUCUAUUAUGUUUAUAUAUGACCUUGUCAUGGAUCAUAGUAGCCUUUUAUCAAGUAAUCAUUGUGUCAUGUAUAGGUGUAUCUCACAGCAAGGAGACGUGUAGCAGUCUGCCACGUAUACGUGUCAUAGCACUGUAGCAGUGUGUCACGUUUGAUGUGUCAGUUCAUUAUAGCAGUGUGUCACGUUUGAUGUGUCAGUUCAUUAUAGCACUGUGUCACGUUUGAUGUGUAGGUUCAACAUAGCGCUGUGUCACGUUUGAUGUGUCAGUUCAUUAUAGCAGUGUGUCACGUUUGAUGUGUCAGUUCAACAUAGCGCUGUGUCACUUUUGAUGUGUCAGUUCAUUAUAGCGCUGUAUCACGUUUGAUGUGUCAGUUCAACAUAGCACUGUGCCACGUUCGAUGUGUCAAUUCAUUAUAGCGCUGUGCCACGUUCAAUGUGUCAGUUCAUUAUAGCAGUGUGUGCCAUGUAGCAAUGCGUCAGUUCACUAUAGAGGUUAGUGUCAUGUAGCGAUGUGUCAAAUCAAUGAAGCAGUGUGUCAAGAAUCUAUAUCAAUGCAUUCAGAAUAUUUCGUAUCUAUGCGACACAUCUUUGUGAACACGUGUCCCGUAUCUAUGCAAAGUAUCUUGCAAAAUAGAAAUGUCAUGCAGUAAUGUGUCAAAUCAAAGUGUCUUGAAGCGAUACGCCAUGUAUUGUAGUAUUUAUGUAUUUGAACGUCUUAUGUCAAUUAGUCAUUUAGCGAUGCAAAACGCAUCGCGCCUAAGUAUUUAUCUUUUUUAAAAAUGACUUACUACUGUAUAUACAAUUCACAACUAGCUAUCAAUCACGGAGCAAUGUCACGUUUUAUUCAAUAUUUCGCGCUGCAAUCUGUCACGUAAUACUUUGUCUUAGGCAAGGAUCCUUCUGGGAGUCUCAAAUUUAUGUACCCGCUACCUUCGCAAAAGCUCUCACGAAAGUAAUGGGGCACACUGAGACUAUCAUAGUAUUAAUGUAUCACGCAAUAUUUGUGGACGCAAUGUGUACCAAUGUUUCUUCUGUGUGUCAUUGUCUCUCUAAUCCUAGUAUGAGCCAGAAGUGUGUAGUUGAGCCAUGUUUCAAACAGAACUGCCGCACUUUAUUACUUAGCGAUAUGUCAGCUAGCAAUGCGGGACUAAACAAAGUCUUAGCUAGCUAAGGGAGCUCAUCUUAAAAUGCUUGGCACAGUGAGUAGGUUCCAAUUUAGAUGCUUGAAGCCCUGUAGAUCAUUAAACUCAUCCUUAAUCUUUAGACUCCAAUGUAUGGGUUCAAGUGAUUUUGAUAUUAAAAGACCCAUCUAGUGAUAUUUA